AUGACUCUCUGCUUUCUGUCAGAGCCUGUCAGGUUGGUGGGAGGAGCCAGUCGCUGUGCAGGUACACUGGAGGUGAGACGAGGAGAGUGGAGACCAGUGGCGAUGGAUAUCUGGAACCUGAAGGAUGCAGCUGCUGUCUGUGGACAGAUGAACUGUGGUUCUGCUGUUUCUGUAGGAAAUACACAGAGUUCUUCACGGAGAUCGGUGUGGUGGAUGGAGUCACACUGUGUUCAGGCUGGAUAUGCUCUGAAAGAGUGCGCAUCAGCAGAUCGCUCUUCCUCCACCCUGGAUAUCACCUGUUCAGACCUGCUGGUUCAGCCAAUCAUCUCAGCGUCCUUCUCGUCCAAUGACGGGCAGGUCCGGCAGCAGGAGUCUUCUUGGGUGUUAAAAGGCUCCAGCUUCACCAUCAGCUGCUCCAUCCACCCUCAGUACCCAGGAGGCUCUUUCCAGCUCACCUUCACCUCCUCCAACACCACCAACAACUACACCCAGCCAGCUGUCAAUCACUCUGCCCACUUCCUGUUCCCUGCUGCAGAGCCCGCCCACCAAGGAACCUACAGCUGUGUUUAUCACGUCUUUGUGUUUUCUCAUAACUUCUCCUCUGAGAGCCGUCAGCUGUCUCUCACUGUCUCAGAUCCAACAGUGUUUGUCAUCAGACUGCUGCUGCUGCUGCUGAGCCUGCUGCUCUUCAUCUCUGCCGUCUGUUUCAGCCAUAAGGUGCACAAGUUGCAGCCGCUGUGCUUUAAACCUACUGAAGCAGAGUCAGGAUAA